UCCAAUGCAUGCGCGGCGAGUCACACCUUUUCCAACAUCGCCUCGGACUAAUUUAUUUUAGUUUCUUCAAUUUUUCUAACUCAAAUCCAUCCCAGAAUCCCUUCCACCUAUAAAUACUAUCGCAAUCACAUUUUUUCUAAUCCAAUAAUCUUCAAAAGGUUCACUGCUUUCUUUCUUUAUCAUAAUUGCAUCGUGUAUCACUCCCAUGUCCACCCAACUCUCUGUGGUCCUUCCUCGCGUCCUCAUCGUCUCUCGACGAACCGUUCGCAAGAACAAAUUCGUAGAUUUUGUCGGAGAGUAUCAUCUUGAUCUUAUAGUGAGUUAUGGAGCGGUUCCAGUCAUCGUUCCUCGGGUGGCCGGAGUUCAUAUGUUGCUAGAAAGCUUCGAGCCGAUCCACGGCGUUCUUCUGUGCGAAGGAGAGGAUCUGGAUCCGUCCCUGUAUGAGGCGGGGGCGACGGAUCUGUCGCCCGAGGAGAUGGAGGAGAUCCGGCGGCUGCAUGCCAGCGACACCGCCAUUGACAAGGAAAAAGACACGAUAGAGCUUCGACUCGCCGAGGUUUGCCUGAAGAGGAACAUUCCGUACCUGGGAAUAUGCCGGGGAUCGCAAGUGCUGAACGUUGCAUGCGGCGGGACACUGUAUCUGGACGUGGAGAAAGAGGUGUCGAAGAAAAUCUCGCUGGGGCAAAAGGUCGAACACAUUAACUACGACGACUAUGAUGGGCACCGGCACGUGGUUAAGGUUGUGGAGAACACCCCGUUGCAUCACUGGUUCAAGGAUUCUCUUGAAGAAGAUGGGAAAAUGGAGAUUUGGGUGAAUAGUUAUCAUCACCAAGGAGUGAAGAAGCUCGCCCAGCGCUUCGUUCCCAUGGCGUUUGCCCCGGACGGAUUGAUCGAAGGGUUCUACGAUCCCGAUUCGUAUAACCCGGAAGACGGGAAGUUCAUCAUGGGGCUCCAAUUCCACCCGGAAAGAAUGAGGAAAACCGAUUCCGAUCAAUUCGAUUACCCAGGAUGCCCGUUUGCCUAUCAGCAAUUUGUGAAGGCCGUGAUUGCCUACCAAAAGAACCUUACAAGCAGCACAAACACCAUCCCAAAAGCUCCAAAGCUCAACCAAGAAAUGGAGAAACGGAGGAAAAUCAUCCUCAAAAGCUUCUCCCUAGCUAGAAACAUAUACAAUCACGGCACCGGAAUGCAUCCGUCAAGGGAAUCCGACUUGGAAGCCGGUGCAGAGUUUCUCGAGUCGAAUACAGCGCUGAGCGUGCAGCAGGAGAAGAGGCUGAAGCAAAUGGGGGCGACGGUGAGGAACGCGUCAUGGUACGUGGAGAGGGUGAAGCUGAACGAGGAAAAAGAAGGGCUAGCCAGGAAGGUGAUGGGGAAGAUGACGGUGGAUCAGCUCUACGAUCUCAGGUCUUUCUACCACAUGAUGGGGAAGAUAUCUUCUGAAAUCUUGGAAAACAAACUCCGAGAUAUGGUCGUGUACGAGGCUGCUGCUUCUUGAAUCUUCAUUAUUCACGCCCACCACUCCAUUCCACCGUGCAUGAGUUUCUGGCUCUUUUUUCGCUUUGUUGUCAAAUUUAUUGCGCUUCUCUUUUUUCCUUUCGUUAGGAGGCCGGAAUCACAUGUUUGUAAAGUAAGCCCCCCGCACAAGUCACUUUCUUCUCAUGUAUAUUUCUCCCUCCUCCCUCUGUAACUACCUGUUCAUCUAUUAGAACUGUAUCUGUCCUGGCCUGCAUGUACUGCAAAGCUUUUGUAUCAUAAUUUUAUUAAUUCCAAUCCCCAUUCUGUAACUCUGAUUCCCAAAUUAAAAGAUGUGUACUAUCCAAUAGUGAUAGGAUUAUUGUCCA